AUGCCAGGCGUAUACGGAGGAGACGAGAUCAACGCGCUCGUCAUCGAUGCCGGCCACUCUUCCAGCCGUGUCGGUUGGGCAGGCGAGGAUGCUCCUCGUGUAGUGGUCCCCUCGUACUACGGACAUACGCCUAUCACUGACGAAGCCAUCGCCGACCUCGAAUCACAAGCCGCCUUUACCGCCUCCACAUCGUCUUCGACUGCAGCACCCGCCGAUGGCGACGAAGCUAUGGCCGAUGGCGAAGCCGCAUCCACAUCCAACGGCACUGGCGACGUUGCCACCGAGGAAGCCUCCGACCACCGCCUCAAGCAGUCGCGCGCGAAAGCAGCCAGCAGGGCGUUGCGCUUCUCUGUCGACCGCGAAAAGAAACGUCGUCGCUUUGUCGGUGACAACGACCUCAAUCUCUACCGAUCCAACCUCGACAUCGCCCCCAUCUUUGACGACGAUGGCAUCCUCAGCGAUGCUUCUGCCUUUGCACAGCUCUGCUCGUUUGGUCUCGACUCGUUGUCGUGCGAUGCACGCGAGCAUCCUCUGCUGCUCACCGAACCUGCAUGGAACGCACGCGAGUCUAGGGAGAAGCUCACCGAGCUGGCUUUCGAGACGCUCGGCAGCCCCGCUUUUUACCUUGCCAACCGCUCCGUAUUGAGCAGCUUUGCGGCGGGCAAGCCGAGCAGCUUGGUCAUCGAUGUCGGCAGCACCAGUGUAUCUACCAUCCCCAUCGUCGACGGCUUUAUUCUCAGAAAGGGCAUCCACAGGCACAACAACGGUGGUGACGCCAUCAACCGUGCGCUUCUGUACAGCUUGCAUCACGGCAGAGGGACCACUUUUGGUGGUGUCACGCCGCAGUACCUCAUCAAGAGCAGAAGCUCGGUCGAUCCCGGUGUUGCGGCGAAUGCUGUCCUCCGACAAGACCGCGUGCAAGGGGCCACAGCGUCGUUUAAGCAGUACCACGUCAACCGCGUCGUCAACGACUUCAAGGAGAGCGUCGCACAGGUGUUGGAGGUGCCCUGGGACGACCAGCAGGCGCACUUCCGAAGUGGACGAAUGUACGAGUUCCCCGAUGGCUACAACGAUGCUUUCGGCGUCGAGCGACUCAAGGCACCCGAAGUGCUCUUCACGCCCGCGCUCUGGAACGGCGUUUCGUCGAGCGAGAGCUUCGGCCCCGUCCUGCACCCGUCCUCCACUCCCUCGUCCGGCGAUGCUACCAACGGUCUUGGCGGUGCCGAGCCAGCAGCCUCCGUCGGAGGUGGCAAGGCAGCUGUGGGCUUGGCGGAUAUGGUGCUCUCCUCGAUCAACGCCGUCGACGUCGACUCUCGCCCUUCGCUGUUCGGCAACAUUGUGCUCGUAGGUGGCAGCUCGCUCAUCCCCGGCCUCUCGGAUCGACUGAGCUACGAGUUGGGUGUCAAAGCCCCCAACCAGAAGGUCAAGAUCCAUUCGCCAGGUAACACCACCGAGCGCAGACACUCGUCAUGGCUUGGCGGUAGCAUCUUGGCCAGUCUGGGUACGUUUCACCAGCUCUGGAUCUCGAAACAGGAGUACGACGAGCACGGUGCGGCCAUCGUUCACGCUCGAUGCAAGUAG